UGCUUUUUUGAGAUGCUAUAGGAAAAGCAAAUGCCUUAAUAAAAAUGCUUUUAAAAUAAAUAUAACUCUGAUCCAAAACUAGAUUAUUCUGUAGAAUUUUAGAAGUUUGUCUAUUAGAAGUAUGACUUUCAGUUUGGUUCAGUAAACCAGUAUCAUUCAGGCCCCUCAACCUUAUAAUUUCUUAUGGAAGAUAUAUUUGAACAAAAUAUAUCUAAGAAUAAAUUGAAAUAAUCGCCUACCUCUUUCCCAUCAAUAUUUUUCCCCUCACUUGCAGCUACCAUUUUUGUGGUCUACUUUUGAUGCUUCUAAAACAUAAGAAGUAGCUUGGGGCCAAAGGGACACCAGGAUAAAAAGACCCUAGUUAUUUAUUUAAGACUGUUACCACAUGAGUAUGUGAAUAUAUUUAAGAGCACAAAACAUAUCAACUAGCAUUAUGUGAAUUAGGAUGCUUUUGACUGCAAGAAACAGAAAAGCCAUCCCAGAGUCACUAAACAAUUUUUUUAAAAAAGAAAAAGGAAUCAUCACAUGUCCCAAGUCCCAAGGGAGGCAUAUAUAGCCUUUAAUAAUAAGAGGUUCAUCUUUCCCUUCACCAUCCUAAGCACGUGGGUUACCCUCAGGUAGCAUCUCUCACAGUCAUAAGGUGGCUUCGCCAAUUCUGGACAGUCCCUGCCGAAGAAAUGGUUAAUAUUCAGUAGAAGCUAAAUAACUUUAUUUUAUGUUGUGUCGAUUAGACUUAAGAGUAAGGAAACUUGUCCCAAAAACUCUCUAAUAGACUACCAGUAUCUUGCUGGAGAGACUUAGGUCAUUUAAAUACCUCUCUAAACCAGUCUUUAAGCAGGAGAAUGAUCUUAUUGUGAAUGGCUUCAACCAGUAGUUUCAACCUUCACUACACAUUACAAUCACUUGGAGGCGGACUUAAGCUCCCUAGAUGAUUAUAAUGUGCAGCCACAAUUGGCCUACAUCAGAGUUUCUCAAACUCAGCACUAUUGAUAUUUGACUCAGGUCAUUAUCUUGCGCAUUGUGGAAUGUUUAGCAGCAUCCUUGGCCUCUACUCACCAGACGCCAGUAGCACCUCUCCAGUUGUGACAGUCAAAAAUGUAUUCAGGCAUUGCCAGAUGUUCCUUGGGGGUUAAGAAUUGCUCCAGGUUGAGACCCACUCUCUUAAACUAAUUAGCAUUUACCCUUGGGUCUCACGUCGGAGAAGUGGACAUACAAAUUAAAUUAGUACUCUGCCAGCAGGAAAGGAAGAAGUGGAUAUUGGUACAUAACCAACAGUGUCUGCUGCAUGGACUGAGGCUGUUUUCAGAUUAGAAUCCUUCAAACUAAUAUGGGGUAGCGUCUGUAUGUUUGCUAUUCACAGGUGUAUCAUCUUUGUAACACUGGCAAUUGGAGAUGUUCCUGAUCACCUGUGGCACUUACAACCCUUUACCAGCUUUCUAGCAUUUGGUGACACUUUGUCUCAAUUGUCCAUGAAUUGAUACUUGGAUUAGCCUGAUCUGUCCCAACAAGAUUAUCAGCUACUUGACGGCAGGGAUGUGCCCUCUCUUCAUGGUAUAUUUCUCACAUCAUUUUAUAUUGGAUCACUGUGUAUUCAUUGAGUCUUUGUUAUGUAUAAGGCAGUUCAAUUGAAUUAGAUUUCAGUGCAUUGAAAUACAUCUGUGUAUUCACAGCUGCCAGUGUCUGGUUAGUUCAAAGAAAAGUUAUAAGGACUUUACCAAGUUCUACUUUAUACUAAAGAGGAAGAAGUGAGCAAGACCUUGGGGCAGAGAGAAGGCCCCUAUGUUGAUCAAAUUUUCAGGCCCUUUAGAGGUGAUCCUUUUGACACAUAAACAACAGACACACACUCUCUCUUUUAUACAGCUUGAUUCAGGUAAUUGUUGACGAACAGCACUUGGAUUUCCUGUUGGCAUAUACUAUUUCGGCUGUUCAUCAGUGUAGUUCCUGGACAUACAUGGAAAUUCUUCAAGCCCUGGCAGCUCUGGUUUACUGCAAUGGCUCAAAAUGUCAAAAGUACCUCCCAGAGCUGCUAGGCAAGACCGGGCUCUUACUGAAGUUGAGUGACUCGGCUCAGUCUGAUCCUGAAGUCAGGAGAGCUGCAGUACAUUGUAUGGCAAACUUAUGUCUCAGUGUGCCAGGACAGCCGUAUUUGGAGGAGCCCUACCAACAUAUCUGUUUCCAAGCUUUCCUGACUAUUUUACAAUCUCCAAAAUCGUCUGAUAUGGAUGAUAUCACAUUUUGCAUGUUGUUGCAAAAUGCAUUAAAAGGUAUACAGUCACUUCUAAAUGGUGGGAGAAUGAAACUAACACAGACUGAUGAACUCGGAGCACUUUUAGCUGUGCUAAAGAAAUCCAUGUUUCACGGACUCCCUGGACUAAACAUAGAGAUGCCCACGGUGUUAUACCCAACUCCACUUCCUCAGUAUGAUGGGCGAACACCUAUCAAACCACAGCAAUCAGAAUCCAGUACUUCUCGACCAACUUUGAAUAAAAAGAAAAAAUCCAAAGUAAAACCAAAGAAAAUCCAGCAAGGAGAGGAGGAGGAGGAAAAGGAAUCCAGUGGUGAAAUAGAGGCAGCCCCAGUCACUGGCACAGGCAGAGUGAACCUGCAUGAAGGGAACACUUGGUGUCCCUCCUCCCUGGGUGUCCAGAGUUUGCGUUUAGAUGGAAGUGGAGCUGCAGGAAAAGAUGGAGUCUCCUCAUCCUUCAGUUCUUCCAGUUGGAAAAGGGUCAGCAGUAGUGAGUCAGACUAUUCUGAUGCUGAAGGAGGCAUGCAGAGUAAAAUGAGGUCUUACCAAGCCAAAGUUCGCCAAGGAGCCUUAGUUUGUUUUCUUUCUACUAUAAAAUCGAUAGAAAAGAAAGUUCUUUAUGGCUACUGGUCAGCCUUUAUUCCCGAUACACCUGAACUUGGAAGCCCACAGUCAGUGUCCUUGAUGACUCUUACAUUAAAAGAUCCUUCUCCAAAGACACGUGCCUGUGCUCUGCAAGUUUUAUCUGCCAUCUUGGAAGGUUCAAAGCAGUUUCUUUCUGUUGCUGAAGAUACCAAUGACCACAGAAGGGCUUUUACUCCCUUCUCCGUAAUGAUCGCUUCCAGCAUUAGAGAGUUGCACAGAUGUCUUUUGUUAGCUUUGGUGGCAGAGUCAUCCUCACAGACCCUUACUCAGAUAAUUAAGUGCCUUGCAAAUUUAGUAUCAAAUGCACCUUAUAAUCGUCUAAAACUCAGCCUGCUGACCAAAGUCUGGAACCAGAUAAAGCCUUAUAUCCGCCACAAAGAUGUUAAUGUUCGUGUGUCCAGUCUCACACUCUUGGGAGCUAUAGUGUCCACGCAUGCACCUUUACCUGAAGUCCAGCUACUUCUGCAGCAGCCGUGUUCUUCUGGACUCAGUAAUAGCAAUUCAGCAACCCCUCACCUCAGCCCUCCUGAUUGGUGGAAGAAAGCCCCUGCAGGACCCUCUCUGGAAGAAACAUCAGUUAGCUCACCUAAGGGGUCUUCAGAGCCCUGCUGGCUCAUUCGACUCUGCAUUUCCACUGUCAUACUGCCCAAGGAGGAUUCCUGUUCAGGUAGCGAUGCUGGCUCUGCAGCAGGAAGCACCUACGAACCUUCCCCCAUGCGACUGGAGGCCUUGCAGGUAUUGGCUCUUCUGGCAAGGGGCUACUUUUCAAUGACUCAAGUCUACUUGAUGGAGCUUGGAGAGGUGAUUUGCAAGUGCAUGGGGGAAGCAGAUCCAUCCAUUCAGCUUCAUGGAGCAAAGCUUCUGGAAGAACUGGGCACAGGUUUAAUACAGCAGUAUAAACCGGAGUCUACCGUAGCACCUGAUCAGAGAAUACCAGUCUUCUUGGUGGUGAUGUUCUGGACUAUGAUGCUGAAUGGUCCUUUACCCAGAGCCCUGCAGAAUUCGGAGCACCCAACUCUCCAGGCGAGCGCCUGUGAUGCCCUGUCUUCCAUCUUGCCAGAGGCCUUCAGCAAUCUGCCGAAUGACAGGCAGAUCCUGUGCAUCACAGUGCUGCUCGGACUGAAUGACAGCAAGAAUCGCUUAGUGAAAGCUGCAACCUCGCGGGCCCUGGGAGUCUAUGUGCUUUUUCCCUGUCUCAGACAGGAUGUCAUAUUUGUUGCAGACACAGCAAACGCAAUAUUGAUGUCACUUGAAGACAAGUCUCUGAAUGUUCGGGCCAAAGCAGCCUGGUCCCUAGGCAACCUGACAGACACUCUGAUUGUCAACAUGGAAACACCAGACCCAAGUUUCCAGGAAGAGUUCUCCGGUCUUCUGCUCUUGAAAAUGUUACGAUCAGCUAUAGAAGCAUCCAAGGAUAAAGACAAGGUAAAAAGCAAUGCUGUCCGGGCCCUUGGAAAUUUGCUUCAUUUUCUGCAACGCUCUCAUAUAGAAAAACCCACAUUUGCAGAAAUCAUUGAGGAGUCUAUCCAGGCCCUAAUUUCCACUGUUCUAACAGAAGCUGCCAUGAAAGUCCGAUGGAAUGCUUGUUAUGCAAUGGGAAAUGUUUUUAAAAAUCCUGCCCUUCCAUUAGGAACAGCCGCAUGGACCUCCCAGGCCUACAACGCCCUGACAUCGGUCGUGACAUCAUGCAAGAACUUCAAAGUGCGCAUCAGAUCUGCUGCUGCCCUUUCCAUCCCGGGCAAGAGAGAGCAGUAUGGGUCUGUUGACCAGUAUGCUCGGAUCUGGAACGCAUUGGUCACUGCCUUACAGAAGAGCGAAGACACCACAGACUUUUUGGAAUUCAAGUACUGUGCCAGCCUACGGACCCAAAUCUGCCAGGCACUGAUUCACCUCCUGAGUUUGGCCAGUUCCUCAGAUCUGCCUUGUAUCAAAGAAACCCUUGAACUGAAUGGGAAUAUGGUCCAAUCCUAUAUCCUACAGUUUUUAAAAUCAGGAGCAGAGGGAGAGGACACGGGAGCACCCCCCAGCCUACAGGAAAGAGAUCAAAUGGUCAGGAUGGCCCUGAAGCACAUGGGCAAUGUCCAGGCACCGACUGGAGACACAGCCAGAGGGGCCAUCAUGGGCUUUUUAGAAGAGAUCCUGGCUGUUUGUUUUGACUCAUCUGGAUCACAAGGGGCACUCCCAGGGUUAACAAAUCAGUGAAGAUCCCACCAUACUUUAUAGAUGUCGAAGGUGGCAAUAGGAAGACCUGAGCUUGAGCAAAAGGUACGUGGGAUUUCAUCUUACGGGCAGAAACAAUCCAUUCACUGUUUAUUUAGAAUGACUUAGCAGUGAUUUAAAUUUUCACAGAGUGGCUCCGCAGCACUGGCCAUGGUCAGGCUUGUUGGAACCUUUGACCUGUGCAUCCAGGAGCCCAGGAGUCAGGUUGUAUUAUGGGCCAAGCAGACAGGGGGGCUUUGAGUGCAGUUAGUCUCAGAAAAAAAAAAAAAAAAGGUAGGAUUUAGGAAUUACAGUAUUGUAUAUUAUGUCUGUAAUUGUGUAAUAAACUAA